AUAGUCUCAGUCUACGCUGGGCAACGAGUGUGGUCGGAUCGCUCAAUGAAAACACAAACGCCGAUAUGUCCAAGAACUGCAUGAUAACGUUCGAUCAGAAUGAGCACGGUACCUAUUUCACCGGCCAGGUGGUAACCGGGAAAGUGAUUGUUAAUCUGACAAAGACCAAGAAACUGCGUGGAAUCAAACUCCAAAUCAGUGGCUAUGCCUUGGCCCAAUGGAGGGUUCGAAGACGUGGCAAAGCCAUGCCCAUACAGAAUCCCAAAAAGAGAACCAAAAACUUGUUCAGUGGACGCGAGGAUUACAUAGCCUCCACCACAUAUCUGAUGGGAGCGGAGCAGGGCAGCUGUUUCAACAUUGAUGCGGGCACAUACACCUACACCUUUGCCUGUCCCAUACCCAACCACUGCCCAUCGUCCUUCGAGGGUGCCUACGGACACAUACGGUACCUGGCAAAGGUGACUUUUCUGAAGGCAGGCGCCUCAAACCGCACCCACAAUGUGGGCUUCACUGUACUCAAACUAUUGGAUCUGAAUCAGGAGAGUAAGAUGCUCCGCGAACCGGCGAGCAACGAGGCCCUUGAAUACUUCUGCAUGAUGCACACACAUCCCGUGGAACUGAAGGUGACACUGCAGCAGCAGGGCUAUGUCCCGGGACAGUUUAUGCUAAUCCACGCCCAAGUGCGCAACGACUCCAGUUCCGAUUGCAAGAAGUUGUUGAUUAUGAUCCAUCUGCGGUCCACCUACACGGCGGAUCAACCCUCGCUACGCACCACCUCCGAGAAGAUCAUGUUGGUCAAGCGUGAAUGCGGACCCGUGGCCCAUCACGCCCAGAAGAUCUACACGGAGACGCUGCGCAUACCGGCCACGGCCCCCACCUGCGAGCACCUCAGCAAGGUGGUGAGGGUGUCCUAUGAGGUGCGAGUGGUGGCCGUAAUGAAUUGGUUGAUGCCCAACCCGAGGGUCGUCAUACCCAUUACCAUUGGCAAUGUCCCACUGACCACAGCGGGUCCUUCGUUCCCUCAGACGCCCCUCCCAUCGGAUUUGCCCUGCACUUCCACACGAGCCAUGGAACUCGCACAAAUGGGAGUGGGAGGAGGAAUGAAUAAUUCUGGCUACGAGCGGACUGAGUCACUGGAAGAUUUCGAGCUGCCAGAGGAUGGCGAUGAUGAGCUGGAAACAGCCGAUGAAUUCAUUGCAGAUUUACCUCCUCCAACAUAUGAACAGGCUAUUUUCAUGUCCACCGACAUAGCCGACACAGAUGCCAAUACCGUGAGCGAAGCCUCUCAGUUUACGCCCCGGUAUCCCGUCUUCGAUGUGGAUACCUUCCAGACCCCACCACCAAAUCCUCCACAGAAGAAGAGACGUCGUCGUCGCCGAAGACCCGCCGAUCCGGGCCAGCAAAUAUCAAAUCCGGAGAAGCAACAGCUGGAGAAGCAGCCAGUCGAGUCUCCCGUGCAGAUUUGAGCGGGGCGCUUAUCACGGGAAAUCACAACGAUAUCUUAUCUCUGGCAGUAUUUUGCUUCGCUUUACGGUGUCCCAAGACCCAAGAACUAACCAAACUGUUAACUUUUACAUAUAUAUGUACAUAUAUGUAUAUACAAUCUAUUCAAAGAUACCCCCACAUACAGCAUGUUAAAUAAACAAACAAGGGUAUAAAAGUGUCUUCCACGACUACGAUAAAAUAAUGCUGUCUUCAGACGCAAAAACUAAAGCCUUAUCGAAGCAUUGAACAAAUAUUUGAAUUAUAUCUGAAAUUAUGGCACUCUAACCUUUGAUUAAUACUGAGAAUAUACAAGCUCUGGGGCUAAAAUCCAUUGA